AUGAGAAGCGUGGUGAAGAAGCUACUAUGGUGUGGAUCCAAGAACUUUGCUUCUUCGAAGACAUCUGCAUUACCGGAAGAAGGAAGAGUUCGAGUUUACGUAGGUAAAGAUAGAGAGAGUCAAUGCAAGCUCGAGGUCGAAGCUAAUUUGUUAAACCAUCCAAUGUUUGAGGAUCUAUUGAGAUUGUCUGAAGAAGAAUUUGGACAUUCGUACGAAGGUGCUUUGAGGAUUGCUUGCGACAUUGAUGUCUUCAUCAGCUUGAUCAAUCUACUCAAAAACCACCAAUCAUCGUAA